AUCUCCAGAACUGGAGAAGUAAGUGGGACGAGGGGCCGGGGGUUAGCACGGGGUUUAGGAACUCCCCGAGUCGUGCACCCUCUGAAACAGUCUGUGAUCGAUCGAUGUCGAACUUGGUGUUUCCGCAUUUUAUACCUCGUUCUCUUUGUCACUGUCGACUCACUGCUUCGGCGACGAGCUAGGAAGGAAGUGAUCUGUCGGAUGGUGGUGUGGUCUCGGCGUAUUGUGGGACUCAUGUGUGGUACAUGAAAUCUGCUUGCUCAGGUUCCAGUGUCUCGGAAGGUGAGGCGAUUUGGAUUGGAUAAUCGAUUUGACGAAUUUAUCUUCGGCGCUUGGCGUUCGGGAAGAGCUGUAGUGUUUAGGUCUCAAACUGCGGGAUUAGGAUUUUCGGGACCGGAAAGGUUUUAGCUGCCGGAGGACCGCUCUAUACAUUACACCAGGAGAGGUGAUACGUCUUGCCAGUUGCCAAUUCGUGCCGUAGAAGCGCGCAUCGCAAUCAUGAGGGAAAAGAAGAAGGCGAAGGUGAACAAGUCUGGGGGUUUUGAGUCCCUCGGACUCAGUCUCCCAGUGUACAGAGCCGUGAAGAAGAAAGGCUACCAGGUUCCGACUCCUAUCCAGCGCAAGACAUUACCCCUGGUGAUGGCCGGACACGAUGUGGUUGCCAUGGCGAGGACGGGAUCAGGGAAAACCGCCGCAUUCUUGGUUCCCAUGCUGGAGAAGCUGAAGGCCCACUCUACGAAGGCUGGUGCUCGUGCCAUAAUUUUAUCCCCUACUCGAGAGCUGGCUCUUCAGACCUUCAAAUUUUGUAAAGAGCUGGGGUGUUAUACAGAUUUAAGAGCUACGGUGCUUGUGGGAGGAGACAGCAUGGAAGCUCAGUUUGAAGAGCUUUCAAAGAAUCCAGAUAUUAUAAUUGCGACCCCUGGUCGUCUCAUGCAUCACCUCUCGGAGGUUGAGGGAAUGUCACUGAGAACAGUAGAGUACGCUGUGUUUGACGAGGCAGAUCGUUUGUUUGAAAUGGGUUUUGCCGACCAGCUCCGUCAGAUCCUCACCCAUAUGAGCGAGACCCGCCAAACUCUUCUGUUCAGUGCCACACUUCCUCGCAUGCUCGCCGAUUUUGCCAAGGCAGGUCUUAGAGAUCCCCAUUUAGUUCGACUGGACACAGAAACAAAGAUCAGUCCAGAUUUGAAGCUUGCAAUCUUCACACUUCGUAACGACGAGAAACCUGCAGCUCUUCUUUAUCUCAUCCGAGACUUGAUUCCCCAGGACCAACAAACCAUCAUCUUCGUCUCAACUAAGCACCACGUUGAGUUUUUAAACGAGCUACUGAAGUCCGAAGGAAUCAACUUGUCCGUAGUUUAUGGGGCGAUGGACCAAGCGGCUAGGAACAUACACAUUGCGAAGUUUAGAGCCAGGAAGACUAUGCUUCUGCUUGUGACGGAUGUGGCUGCUCGAGGUAUAGAUAUACCCCUUCUCGACAACGUUAUCAACUACGACUUUCCCCCAAAGCCCAAGCUUUUUGUGCACAGAGUUGGACGUGCUGCUCGAGCUGGGCGGACUGGUACAUCUUUCUCUUUCGUCACCUCGGAUGAAAUGCCCUUCCUUUUGGAUCUCCAUCUCUUUUUGUCGAGACCCAUAAAGGCAGCACCGUCAGAAGAGGAAUUCGAGGAUAACAGGGAUAAGACCCAGGAGACUAUGGACGAGGCAAACGCAAGGGGAACAGUGUAUGGUCGUUUCCCUCAGGCAAUCCUAGAUUUGCAUAUGGACAGAUUACGAGAAGUCAUCAAUCACGGCAACGAGCUGGUUGCCCUACAUAAGGCAUGUUCAAACGCUUUUCGGUUGUACGCGAAGACGAGGCCUGCUGCCUCGUUCGAAUCUUGCAAGCGAGCAAAAGCAUUGCCACGUGAAGGGCUGCAUCCUAUGCUUAGAAGUGCAGUUAAAGCAGCGGAAGCAGAUGUUGCAGCCUUUGCCGAACGAGUCAGAGCUUACAGGCCACGACAGACGGUCCUGGAAUCUGAAGCUGAGGCUGCGAAGGGGAAGAAUAAGAAGACGAUACUGGCCGAUGUUGUCGAAGUAAUGAAAAGAAAACGACAAGUUCAUGAGCAUGUCAUCGUAGCCGCUCAGCAGAAAGAGGCAACCCUUAAAGCUGCCAAACAGUCUUUCCCGGAGCUAGAAGAAGAGGAACCUCCUGGCGCAGAUCUUCCUUCUCGUAAGAGAAGGAAAAGUGUCGAAGGUGGCAAGAAAAAGCCUUUGAGUUACAGAGACGAGGAGUUCUACAUCAGCGGAAUCCCCACGAAUAGGAACUUCGAGGCGGGUCUGUCUGUAGAAGGAGGAGGAGAUAAAAGUGGGCCGAGCAGAAUGGAUACCGAAGUGCUCGACCUUAUAGCCGACGAUGCAGCUGGUCAACAAAAACAAAAGUCUACGUACCAUUGGGACAAGAAAGGAAAGAAGUACGUGAAGCUCAAUCGCGGGGAGACUGUCAGCGCAAGCGGCAAGAUCAAAACCGAGAGUGGUGCCAAGGUCAAUGCUGGUAACAGGGGCAUGUACAAGAGAUGGAAGGAGCGUACCCACAUGAAGGUUACAACUCUAGGAGAGGAAGGAGGUGGCGAUUCACGAGGUGGCUCGAGUGAUAGAGGAGGAGCACAGGCCGGAAGGAAGCGGAAGGGUGCUCCUGUGGCUAAUGCGGAUGCCAAGAACGAACUUCGAGGUGUUGAGGAGGUUCGGAAACAUAGGCAAAAGAAGGCUAUGAAGUCCAAGCUGGCGAAAAAGGGUAAGGAUCAGAAGAAAGGUGGAAGUAAACCCGGUGGACCGAGGAAAGUGGGGAAAGGAGGCUCUUUUAAAUCCGGUGGGGGUAAGGGUAAAAGCUCCGGGAAGGGGAGGCGGUAGAAAAUUGGGAGCAAGCAGAAAUGCUUAAAAGAUUUUUGGAAGAAAAAAGAUUUAGUUGAGGAAGGAGGAGGUUCGUUGUUCGUCUCACAAUAGCAUUGCUCCUUUAUCGCCAAGCAGGAAGAGCAAAUGAAAUGCGAGAAUUGUACAAUAAAAUGAGUUCAAAUAAAGAAAAUAGCUCGAUUGCUCGU